AAGCCAUCUCACAAGCUAGAGAUUUAGAAAUAUAUAUUCUCAUCAAUUCUCCUUUCCUCCCCAAACAAACAUUUAAUAAUAUGUCUGGAGUUUGGGUAUUCAAGAAUGGAGUAGUCCGACUUGAAGAUUGUCAAGGCUCAAGUGGUCGUCGAAAAGUGCUAGUUCAUGUUCCAAGUAAUGAAGUCAUCACAUCCUAUGCACUACUUGAAAGGAAACUUUAUUCUCUUGGUUGGGAAAGGUAUUAUGAUGAUCUUGACCUUCUUCAGUACCACAAAAGAUGUACUGUUCAUCUCAUUUCUCUUCCAAAAGAUUUCAACAAGUUUAAGUCCAUGCACAUGUACGAUAUUGUCGUCAAGAAUCGCAAUGAGUUUGAAGUUAGAGACAUGUGAUAAUAAGAAUGAAAGAAGAGGAGUUCAUUAAUUUGAAGUCAUUAUAUUCUUCAAGCUGUGUGCUGCUUUGUUUUUUUUUUUCUUUCUAAUUUGGGGUGAUUCUCUAGUGUUGUAAUAAUUAGGUUUGAUACUUUGUGGUUUGUUUCAUAAUGCUGCAAAUGUUGGAAUGUUGUAAGGAAGGUUUAUUGGGAUGUUAAUGUUGUAUAUUUAAAGGUUGUUUGGAGUUUUUUCUUUUA